AUGAACCUGGAUUUGUUUCAUGAAGAUGGAGGGAACAGGACACCAAAAACACCAUAUCGGAAAGUUGGAAGAUCCCAUGAGUAUUCAUCUGUGGGCACAGACUCUGAAGAAGUUGAUAUUCCCAGCAAAUGUGACUUUUCUUUGGGGCAUUUUGAAGUAAAUCGGAGCCACUUUGAGAGUACGACCUUUAUCAAUGAUACAGGUCACAUUGACCAUACAAAAUUCUCAACACACCCUUUUAUACCCAGGAGACCGCAUAUUGAAUACACUGAUACACCCAACUUGACUCUUCAACAAGAUGAUAUAUUUGGAAUUCUCGAAUACCAAUCUUCGCCAUCCAAUUUUGCUUCCUUACCUGGUAUAGGAAUCGGUUUACUCACAGACGAUGAUGCUGCUUAUGAUGAGAACACCAGCGCUGACCUCGACUACGAAAGAAUGAGACACCUUCAAGAGCAAACUGGUCGAGACCAGAUGAUAUCGAAUAUGCUGGGCGUAACACAUUCAAAGAGCCCUUCUCCUUCGUCUCGCAGCUCGGUAGCGACUUUGACAGAUAACUCAUCUAUUCUUACCCCGGACUCUUCACAGCCUUCACCUAGUUUAAGAACAAGCAAAGGUAUUUUGGCUUCUAAUCCAUGGGAGCUUUCAUUUUGCUCAAUUCUUUCACAAUAUCCAAAAAGUAGCUACAAUUUAAGUAAACCAAUUGAGUGUAAUCAUUGUACACAAUGUUUUAAUAAGGCUACCCAUUACGCUGAACAUUUGGACAGACUUAUGUUGAUUCCCAAAUAUGACUGUCCUGUACCUUCUUGUUUGCAUGCUAGGAUUGGGUUUCUUAAAAAGAUGGAUUUGAAAAUUCAUAUUUCUCAAAUACACCUCACAAAAUAUAAUGGUUGCAAAAAAACUGAAGAAAAAUCAAAAGUUAGAGAUAAGUUUGGCCCCAAAGUAUUUGACAGAAUGAUGUCAUAUUUGAAUGUUUGUAAGGUAGAGAGUUGUGGGAGAGCUUUUUACCGGAAAGACUCAUUGAAUAGACAUAUGAAAUUGCUCCACCCACUUGAUACAGUUAGUAAGGGCGGUGUUCUGAAUAAAAAGAUUGGGAAAAAGGCCAGGGGUAAGAAACCUAGAGGUAAGAAAACAAAAGGAGAAAUCUAA